GCGUAGUCGGUAGCGUCGCGACGGACGUAUACGCUCCACGACGGCGAUCACGUGCGCCCAGAUAAUUGCCGGCGACUUAAAUUGUAACGGUUAUAUGUUCUAUAGCUGCAACAUCCCGUCUCCGUAUGUAUUCCAUUGGUGCGUAAAACGACGAAACAAAAGGUUACACACUGGGUCCCGUGAACGCUGGUAAUCCUCUGCGGCGACGCAGUAAUGUAACGUCCGGUUCUCGGAGAGUUACAUAUCGACCUUCGGCAUCUUUGGACGCUUCGACUUCCGGCACUAGCUAUGUGCAAGCUGGUAUAUUGUUCAUAGUGGAACGAAGGCCACAACGGUGGCUUUCAAGGCAUGGAAGUGGAAGUUCGCGAGGAGACGGUCGUGGCAACCUCAUCGACGACGUCGUCGAAAGUUCAACAACAGCGCUCACAUGUCAACAACACACCUGUCAACCAAGCGACAGGUAACCGUGGAUGUUAUUAUAAAAUUGAUGGACCUGUAGUGGUAGUACGGGUGGAAGAGGUCCUGUUAGUUGUCCUGGUGCUGGUCAUCUGGGUAGGCGCUAUUGCCCUGUUUUUCAACCGUUGGGGGAAGAUCCGAAUGCUUGAACCGUACCAGCCUAAAUUUCACCAGCAGCCUCACAGGGCGUCAUGUCCUCUCGCACCACUUAGUCCACCCGGGAUUAAUCAACAGAGGAUGUCGUUUUCAAAAUACAACGUGAAUGCGUUUACUGAUCCCUUAUCUGCCCUUCCGUCGCCUAUUAUCCGUCGCCCACGCCAAAAUUCUGUUUUCGUUGGCGGAUCUGUAAUGACCGUUAUCAAUCCGCCCAGGAGGGUGAAAUCGGCAACGGACAUCCACCAUCUUGUUGUCACCGAGCACAGUCCGACUGCUUCAUUGACAGGUUCUAUCAUUCCCAUCCUGAAUAAGGAAAGAAGGCCAUCGUUAAUAACUGUAGAACGAUCCGAGAGACCAAUAUUCAUAUCAAGACGCCGGCCGUCGAAUGCCGUUGAUAGAUGGUAUCCGCCACAGAGAGCGCGACGAUCAUCGUGCUUUGUAGAAAGGCCUACGAGUAGACAUAGAAAUUUUAUUAGUUUCGAUCAUCCCGAUCGCCGAACUCCUUCCACAUUAGUGAUCAGCGAAGGAAGGUCUUGUAGCUAUCAUCAGCCAACUAUCAGUUUUGAGACUCCAAUCGAAACGUACGAAACAACGGACUGCACUCAGUUCCAUUGUCAAGCGAAUCGAAAUAACCUGAAGCCGAAGAUAUCAAGAAGCUUCGAACAACCGCCAAGCUUAAAGCCGAAACCGGAGCGUAUGGCGAACAGUUUAGACGUAAGCAGUUCGUUUAGUAUCGAUAGACGGUUGUCGAUUCCUGAAGAAGAUCGAUCUUUUCCAAUGGAUGAGACUAAAAUAACCGUGCCACUAUUGGAGGGCAUCAAAAGUUCCAACGUGUGACGUUAAUGUGCCACUGCGGCAACAGAUUUAUUUUUAUAGUAUGUGUAAGUCAAUUUUUAAUCUAGAUUAUAAUAAUAGAAUAUAUCAGUAGAUUUAUUAUGCAUUUGCGGGGCCAUUUCAGAAACAGAAAAUUUUAGUUGAAAGUAUUACAAUGACAAUAAAGGUUCAACUGACUUUUUAAAAACCGGUAAUCCAUUUUUUACUGAGAUUGAAUUCAAUAGUCUUCCUUUAAAACUCUCCUUCCGAUUCGUGUUGCAUAUGUCUUGUGCUUUAAAAAACAAGCGCCAAUGCUCUGCUGGAUAUAUAUCACCCAAAUUAAAAAAAAAAUUAUGUAAACGUAGUUUCGAUAAAACGACCGCCAUAUUUUAAUAACAAGUAUGUAAUGUAAUAACUACAUAUAACGUAAGGAUUUUUGAAAAAGCCGUUUUUUGACAUCAAACAUUUCCGGAUCUACGGUUAUAUGAUUUUUUUCUUUUUUAUAUAUGACGAAUCUCUAGCAGAGCGCUGGAGCAUCUUUUUUGAAACACUCUGUAUAUCAUGGUUAUAUCUUUCUGAUGUAUUUAUCAAAUAUCUAUCUUUCAAAUAUAAACAUUAUAGAUUGGUGGUACAAUGCCAUGGUGCCAAAUAACUUUCAUUACACACACUUCGUUAUAGUGGUUUAAAUUCGAAAAAAAUAAUUGUUUCGUAUCCAUGAAAUAGCAUAUGAUUCAUAUGUUUAAUAGGGAAAGGAAAAUAAAACAGUAACCCAAGCGAAUUAUAGGUAAGACCAGUAACGUGGUGUCCCAUUUCGGUUGCAAUUGCGGUUAUUAGUAAGGACAGAAUUUUGCGGUUCUCCCAAACAAGGACAAAAUUGUCAUACCACUCUUAGUUGCCCAGUUUUUUUUAAAUAUUACUAUUUAUAUAAUAUAUUAUAUGUAUAUUAUAUAUAUAUUAAAUAUUACUAUUUUUGAAAUAUUGAUAUACCUACACAUAUACAGGGUGGAGCAAUAGUAUGACAAAUUCUAAACUCCCUCAUUUAGAACAAUUUCAAAAAAAUGUUUUAGCGAGUGUCAAAAACAAACAUAAAAUAUUACUAAGAGGUCAGUAAAAUUCCAAUGUAACUUUUGCCAAUUUGACGAAAUUUGAGCUAAUUUGCCUCUUAUUUUUUAAAUGGAAGACCCUGCCUCUAACUACUUUAUCGUUUUCAGUUACUGCACCUUCACCACUUUUGUUAAGGUUUGCCUAUACUUAUCGAUCCAAGCAAUAUUAAUUUUUAUUAAUCAAUAAAAAAAAUGUUUUCAUUUGCCAUGCGCUGAUAAAAAACGAGAAUCAAUUUUUUAAGAAUAAGCCUAGGACAAAGGAAGAAAUGAGAUUUAUAAUAAGGUUGGGGCAAAUGUUGAAGUGCGGUAUUACUAAUUAACUAGUUGUAUAUAAGCAAGUAUUUUAAGUUGAUUUCCUAUUGUGUAGCGGUUAGCGGUUUAUUUUUGCCAAAUAAUAACAAGAAUUAAUAAAAUUUCUGAUUUUGGAGGCGCCAAUAAAAUUUGGCAGUAACAAAAACGUUGGUUUGAUGGAUAUCUGUGCACGGCAUUUUUUUCUUAUUUAUCAACAAUAUUUUUUUGCGUCUUAACUGUUUUGAGAAAAAUGUUUCACAAAUCAGAUUGUUUAUUUUAUUAUUAUUACUAAUAUCUUGUUUUAUUUUAAUUUGUUUAUUUGUUCUAUUAGAAUUGACCUAAGCAUUAAGUACGCAUUAUCCAUUAGCGUUCCUUGUUAUAUGAAUAUUUCCUUAUAAACAAUAAAUAAAAUUGAUUUAAUGAAGAAUCCGUAUCGUCUUUUUAAACGAUAUCUAAUACUUAUGCUUUUAAUUAUUUUAGAAUACAUGCAAAAAAACUAUUUAUAUGUAGGUACAAUUCAACAUUUUCAUUAGAUAACAAUUCGUAUAUUUUUAAAAACGUUCGAAAUGUUGAUUUUCCGCCAUAAUGACAAAAACCUAGGAAAAUAUAAAAAUACAUCAAAAUAUACCGGAUCCCAAUAAAAUUAAUAAAUUUUGGCUAUCACAAAAUUUCGGUAGAUUUCGGUGAUAUAAGUCGUCGAAAUAUAUUCUUUUACUCUGGAAAUCUAGAAAUUAUAAAAUUACUUGGGUGUUUACGUAAAAAGCUCUAAUACGAUUUUGGUAAGUUGUGAGACAACAGAGGGGAGCAGAUUUUUAAUAUCGCCCUGUAUCUCGGAAACUAAAAGUGUUAUGACAAAAUUGUUCCACGAAAUACCAAAACCCCAAGGUUCUAUUACUAAUAACCGAGAUAUCUCGCUAUUGCCACCAAAAUAGGUGCGUCCUGUACAAUAUUACUUUCAUAUCGAAUUAUUUUUCCUAUAUCGAUGCCGGUUGAAACAAUGUGGACUGUAACACCAUCUUUGAAAAUAACUAAAGGAAGUUAUCUCGGGUUUUUAAGCCGUGAAAAAGAAGAAACUCAUCUUUUUCGUCAGCGAUAGGAAACGGUGUCCUACCAAUAGGCACUACUGCAAGUAAGUACGUGAAGGUACUGCAGCUUUUAUUUGCUGCAGUGUACAAGGUUGUUUGCCCUGAAUCACCAAAACAAUGAAAGACAUAAGAAAAACAAAAAUACUUACUUCGAUGCAUUUCCGUUACAUUUGAAAUUAUUCAAACUAAUUUUUGAAAUUGGAAAACUUGUUUUUAUUUGUUUAAUAUCCUGUUAAUAGCAUGUCAGCACGUCAGACGAAUGUGGCCUUUCUGCGUGGUAGCACAUUAUCAACCUCUCGUGAGGUAGCUUUCUUUAUUUUGUAAUAUUUGCCAAAUACGUUUAACAAUUAGAACUUAAUAAAACCAGUAAAUAAAAUAAAUAAGUGUAAUAUGAACAGGUUUGGCGUUACAUUGGAAUUGAAUUAAAUGGAAUCUGUACUGAUUGGGCCCGUGAAGCUAAAUGCAAAAAGUUUUAUCGAAAUUAAAAUAUUUCUAUUUCUACAUAUUUCUCUACUUGUAAGUUAAACGAGAGCAAACGAUGGUGCAAUAAUUACUACUUAUUUGCGUCUCCUAAACUGUAAAAUCUUGAGACGACUAUUGUAUAUUAUAGAUUUUAACACAUAUUCCAUCCGUUUAGUACAACAAUAACAUUGAUACGUGAAAGUACUAUCAUAUGUAUUAUAAAUUGUGAUACACAUGUAUUUCUAUCGCUUCUAGGACCAAUAUUUCAAUAAAUUGUAUUGAUAUAAUAUAUCGGCCCAGUUUUCCUUCUGCAAUAAAAAAUAUUUAUUAACUCUGUUGAACUACGUCGUGUCCCUAAAUAUUUGUUACAUUGACUUCUUUAAGUUCGAUUGCGGAAUGAAGCGAAACUGGGUACCAAAAAAUAGGAGCUCUAAAAUAUGAAGUUACUGAUUGUUGGAGGUGGCUCAAGCUUCGUAAGUUUUGUUGAUUUCCCUCUAAUAUUCUAUUAUCAUUACGAUUAUAGAUUUCUUGUUAUAUAAAAAAAUUUCGUUUUAUUUUUGAUAUCGCUAAGUCACAUGUUUUCUCCACCUCAAGAAGUUUCGAGUGGGACCUAUACAACUCUAUAAUUAGUAUGUAGGUGAUUGAACAAUUUUAUCUUUUAUAGUUCGUUGUAUCAGUAUUGUAUGAAACUAUUACAACGGGUUUUAAAGUGUAGUAAGUAAGAUUUUUCAUAAGUGUUGAAGGGUUACAGUUGAUAAUAGAAAACAAUUGAUUAUAAAUAAUGUAUCCUUAACCGCCUAUUUUCCCAAAUAAUUUCUUCACCUGCCCGAAAACGGUAAAAAUGAAAUAAUAAUAAUCAAUAAAAUUAAUUGAUUUUGCACCAUGGGAUAAAGCGGUAAAAGUACUAAACGUCUGAGUCAUGAUGAGUAAUUUAUUUUGAAAUUUGUUUUUAAAUCAAUUGGGUUAGUUUUUUCCGUCGGGUCGAAAAACGCUCAACUUCGGCAUAGCUACAUUUCUUGAAAAAUUAUGUCAUCGAAAACUUUUAAAGAUAAAAUAUAUUUUUAUAAAAGCCCAGAAUGCAAUCAAGUUGGUUUAUACAGGAUAUAUUAAAAUGAUCUUAGACCAGUUAAGUUUCAUAUUUGAAAUGCAGCAUCCUGUCUACAAUUGCGCUUUUGGAUUCUGCGGAAAAAAUUUACCCUUGGUACACUUUGUUAACAUGUACUGAAGAUUGAUCAUUGUUAGACUAAUAAAUAGGUUUUUAACAAACUUUUGAAAUUCCUAUAUCGCAUCAUUUUAAAAUGCAGUACUUCAGUAAAAUGUGUAUUUUCGGUAUAAAUUAAGUGAUUAAAACGAAUUUCAUAAAUACCCAGUAAAGUUUCAUAUCGAUUUUUUACGUGGCAACAGUAAUAAGCUUCUUCCUCUUCAGACCAUCCGAAAAAGUGGGCUAUAGUGAAUAUUUGCAUUCUUAAAUAAUAAUUCUAGUAACAUAAAAGUUACUUCGUCAUAAUUAUACAUAAAGCACUUUGUAUCAAAUACAAAUUAAAAUGAGAUGAUAUUGGUUAAAACAAAGGUACCAGAGAUACGUCUGGGAUAAAAAACAAUAGCAAGCAUAAGGCAUUGGCAUUGCUUAUGCGUUAAAUUUGUUGGACCGUUAAAUAUCUAAUUUCGUAUAUUAAUAAUAGCUUUUAAGAAAAAAAUGCUAUUCCUAGAACUACAUAGCCAUACUUACAUCAAAAUUUAAAAGAUCAAAAAACUUUAUUGCAACUGUCAGCACUCUCAUGACAAAUAUAAAAUCUUGUCAUUUUGGUAGAAAGUUUUGAAAUAUCCAUCCUUCAUUUACCUAUCUAUUGAUGCAUUACUAUUGUAUUGCUAUUACUGUUAUUAUAUACUUUUCUUCCUUUCAUUAAUAACCGAUUUUACUGCAGAUAAAUCGGCUUGUUUAAUGUAAAAUGAAAGUAUUUGUAUCUUCCUAAAAAUGUUUUGAAAAGCAGAUUAUCAAUUAUAUUUUCAUUAAAUAGGGUCCUGUUAUUAAUGGUACCUACGUUUUAAUAUAACUUUUUUAUGGGAUUAUUUCGCGUUUUCAAUACGAAUCCAUUUCAAAGAUCACCAUGAAAACGAAUCGGAACGUAUCGAAACUCAACCAAUUUCUUCUACUUCCUAAUUUAUUAAUGUUCGAUACUGCCUAACAUUGAAAUGAAGUAAAAUGCCGGAAGUUGUCCUACUAGUGCCUUCUGGUUUAAUAUAUUGGAAAUAUUUUCUUUCUUUCUUAUACAAGAUAUUUUAUCAAAAUUUGGAUCAAGUUUCGAAACGCCUUCAAUUCCCGCAUUGAGAAUUGUUAUCCUCUUUUCUUCCGCCACAAUUUUAUAACAAAUUCAGUUUGAGGACUGUGUUGGAGAGACUUUGUAACUUGAAUUUUCCCAAUAUUUUCCCAAAAUUAGAUCAUAGUAAAAAAACUUUAUAAAGUCAACCUAUUAUAUCUAGUGUGGCCGUCUGCAAAAUGUUAUUUAUAUAUCUCUCUCUCCGAACUUGUUUUACUUUAUUGGGCUUAGUUUGACACCAUUUUCCAUUUUGUCUUUUUUUAGGCCCUUUUUGCUGCAAUACGUCAUUUUGGUGACUUUUUUCAUGUCAUAGGUAUCGUUGUCGUUUCAUUUUGAAAGCCUUGGAAACAUAAACUGAGACCUUCAUUUUCUCAACAUCCGUUCAUCAAAAAUUUUCAUGCAAAGAUUAUUCACCGAUUUUCCAAUCUGACUCGCGAAAAUCUCUUUAGAAUUCUUGAAACAAUGUAAACCGCCUAAUAAGUAUUAUUUUUUCGUGAUAAAUUUUUUCAAUGCCUGACGGUUGAUAAAUUUUGUUCUUGUCGUGAGAUUGAGAACUUUGGCACGUCAGGCUAGAAAAUUCGGAAAUGGUUUUGUAGAUUUCAAGGAAUGAAUCUUGAAAAAAUCGUUAUAAUCACUUUGCCAACAUUGUUCGUUAAUCUUAAUCGUUAACGAUCUAUUUUUUUUCACAGAAUAUCGUUUUCGCAUUUCCGUUCGUGUUUCAAAAGAAGAGAGUAUUUACAAAUUUUUAAUGGCAAAAAGUCAAGAAUAUGGAAAGAGCGAGAGGUAAACCGCAGCCUAAUUGUGCUGUACGGUAUGACCGAAUUGCAGAGAAAUUCCAAUUAAUUACCGAGAAAGUACAAGAAAUAUUAACUAUAAGGAAUUACGGUGUACGCUCGUUUUUCUUGAGUUUACAUCUCGAGAUAUAAUAUGUAUCAAUAAAAUUUUUGUCUCCGGAUAGUCUAAUCAUUGUUAUCCUCUGUGUUAAUGUGUCAAUCUUAUGUUAUUGUCUUUUAUUGAAGAUGAAGCGGCACACAAAUUUGUAACUUGCAAAUGUUAUACUCUUACAAUAAAUGUAGAAAAUAAUAUAUUAAUAUCCUAUAAAUAAAC